AUGAUCCAAAAGUUGAUUGACGCUGGAGACCCCAAGAAGUAUACCCAGAAGGCGGAAUCUGAAGAUAGGGCAAAGCGAAGCAAGCAGGUCCAGCUGCCAGAAGUAAAUCAAACGCUCAAUACCAUAUCAUGCUCUGAAGCUACUGGCCCAUCGUUGACCGCCCAGAUAGGGAAAAGAUUGAGGAAGCAAUUCGAAGACUACUGCGAGCUAUACAAAAUUGACGGAGUCGAAGUAGAUGAGCAUGAGAAAUGGAUGAACGCGCCUAUGACCUUCGAUGCAGAAGAUGUGGAGGAGGAUAUGGAAGACCAUAACGAUCUUUUGGUUCUCACACUACCUAUUGCGGGAUGCAACGUCAAGAAGAUUCUAAUCGACGGAGGAAGUUCAGUCAAUGUCUUAUUCUAUGACACGUUCAAACGAAUGGAAUUAAAUGAUGAACAACUGAUGUCUUCCUACUAUACCAUCUACGGAUUCAACGGUGCACCAAUGAAACCUCUGGGGGACAUCGUGUUGCAAGUAAAGGCUGGGCCAAUGAAGGUUGAUACUCGGUUCAGUGUAGUAGACGCACCAUCUCCCUACAACGAUAUCAUUCGUUGA